AUGACCUUCGCCAAGUUCGAAACCUUAUUCCUCGACAAGUACUUUCCCACGCCCCUUCGUUUGGCCAAGGAGCAAGAGUUCCUCAACUUGAAGCAAGGAACGAUGACCGUCACUCAAUACGCGACCAAAUUCGAGAAGCUGUCUCGUUACGCCCAAACUGUCGUUGCAACGGAGGACAAGAAGGCAAGAAGGUGUGAGUGGGGGCUGACCACUGCUAGAAGGGCUAUGGUAGCUCAGGCUUUUCCCACCUAUUCCGGCGUGGUGAAGUGCGCUCUUCGACUGGAGAGUGAGGAGAAUGAUUUCAAGAGCCGAUGGAAAAAGGCAACGAGCAACACUAGCGGACCAAUCCGAACUCAACCUUCCAACAACAACCGUGGACCCUACCCUGCCAAACCCUUCAUCUCGAUCCGAAACAACCAACCUUGGAAGAUUGCUGCACUAGGACGUGGCGAACCACAGAGGGGUGGCAGAGACGUAGCGACAGUACAGUGCUUCAACUGA